GUGCCCUUCGAAAGCUGCGAGGACUUCCUGCUCUGCGCGGCUCCGAUGUUCAUACCCUGUGUCCUGUGGUCUCUAGAGGCAGACGUCCACUUCGAGGAGCAGUUUGCUCCAAAGCUCUUGCAAAGUCCGAAGGUGCGAUGCUUCGCCCUGCGCCUGGCAGCCCCUCCAAAGUUCGAGGGGCCGCCUGUGCUGGGCAUGGACAUGUGGCUGCUGGGCGUUUGUCUCCCGGCAGCUUGCGACGCAACAGCCUUGGGUGCGUCGGCGGCUGAACUGUUUCGAUCGGUGCCGUUGUCCACGGUCACGGGAAACCGGGCACAUCAUAUUGACGAGUUGUCCGGCAUCCAUAUCGAGGAGCUAGUGCACUGGAGCGAGUUGAAGAUCAACUUCGGCAUUAUCGGACCUCCAAACGCUGGUACUUCCUCCCUCCACCGGAGCUUGCAAGAGCUGGGUGCGUACUUCCUGGGCGGUGCGGAUGAGAUGCCCUUACCGGUCUCCUGGCUUCGAAGCGAGGAAUCUUGGCAGUGGCGGUGCACAGCGCCUUUGCUGCCACCUGCCGGGUGGGCCAAGGGCCUGGGACUUCUACGGCGGCGCGAGGUUGACGAUGUUGGGGAGCCAACAGGCCUCGUGGGCUUCCGGAACCCGAAAAUCAUCUUCAGCUCCAGCUGCUUGCGCAACCUCCUCUUCGUUCCGGGCCUCCAAGUAAUCGCCGUUUGGCGCGAUCCCAUGGACUGGCUCUGGAGUUCCCUCCACCGGAUCUUCGAAGGCUUCGAGAACGCAGAGGAGGAGAUCGGCAGGGCGUGGUCCGUUUUCGCAGAGUCCACGAAGGAAGAAGACCCCUCGACACUCCAGCCACUGCAGGAGCAAGGAGGUGGCAUGCUAGAGCUUAGCACCUGGCGCUUGGGUGUUCCUUUGUCCCUCGGCGCGGCGGCGCCCAGCCGUGCCCUAUGGAAGCUCCGCACAGCUGUGGGUCAGGAGCGGCUACUGGUUCUUCCAUUUAAAGAGCUCAUUUCAAAGCAGAUGGACUGCUUCGACCAGCUGCUGCUCUUCCUGGGACUUCCGGCCUCGGCUGGCGAGCUCUUGCCCGCGAAUGUCCGCCGAAGGCGGACCCACGUCGACCGCCAGGCGGAUGCUGCUUUGGAGAACGAGACGGCUCGUCUGCAAGAGUUCUUCAGAUCGGAAAGAGAGUCCGCCGCUGCACUGCUGGCCUGUGCGGCAUGA